AUGUUUUUCUCCCUCAGUGUCUCUAUGGGAGGAUUGAUAAUGUACAGUUCUUAUAAUGAUUUCAGAAACAAUGUCUAUAGAGAUGCCCUCGUAGUGAGCGUAAUGGAUACUAUCACGAGUAUCAUUUCUGGAAUAGUAACAUUCUCUAUACUUGGUGCAAUGGCUCAUGAUCUUGAAGUUCCUAUCAGCCAAGUUGUCAAAGAGGGGCCAGGUCUUGCUUUCAUUGCAUAUCCAGAAGCAUUGCUUCGCCUCCCAGCACCUCAGCUCUGGUCCGUCCUAUUUUUCCUCAUGCUCUUUAUACUAGGUCUGGACAGUGAGUUUGCUCUUCUGGAAAAUGUUCUAACUAGUCUUUCUGAUGAAUUUCCAAUCCUCCGCCGAACUAAACUUGGUUUCUGCAUCGGUACAGCGACUUUUUGCUAUCUUGUUGGUCUCACUUGUGUAACAUAUGGUGGAAAUUAUGUAUUAACAUUGAUGGAUGUAUAUGGUGGGGGUAUGGCAGUCCUCUUCAUAGCUAUUGCUGAAUCAAUAGCUCUUGUUUGGAUUUACGGUUUGAAAAACCUUUGUAGGGAUAUGAAAUUCAUGCUUGGAUUCAGACCUAGUUUCUACUGGAGAAUAACAUGGGUUUUUACGACUCCAGUAAUUUUAAGUGUUAUAUUUAUCUAUUCAUUGAUAGAAUAUAAACCACUGCGUUAUGAGAAUUAUGACUAUCCUGACUGGGCAGAUGGGAUUGGAUGGGUUCUUGCAGGACUCUCAGUAUUACAAAUACCAUUCUGGGCAAUUGUUGUUGUAUCCAGAAAGAAAAGUGAUACCUUUUUGGGGAAAAUAAAAGAAGCAAUUAAGCCAACAAAGGAAUGGGGGCCAACUGAUCCAAGAAAUAAAGAGAGGUGGGCUGAAGUAGUAGAUGCAACUAACAGCUCUAAGCUCAAGUAUCACAAUGGGAUGAUAAUGGUCUCACCAGAAGCUGAAGCUUGUCUAAGAAAGCCUGUAUAAGAUGAAUGAGUUAA